CACGGGAAGAACCGGUUCAAGGCCGCCGAGUGGCCGAACGACUUCCAGGACAUGCGCUUCCUCGAGAUCCCGCUCGUCCGCGCGGAGAGGGCGUGGAGCUACGGCAUGCAGCUGAAGGCGGACAACGCGACGCUGUCCGAGCUGAACUGCCGGUGGCGACACCACGGCAUCCGGCGCUUCACCAAGGCGGUGAAGUGGGCGCACAUGCUGGAG